AUGGCCACUCCAGGAUUAUGCCUAGCUCAGAUGAGCAGGCUGUCUCUGUUCACAGCCCGACAACCCCUACUCCAUACUCCAAAAGCUUCGAUACCUAUAGUUCAAGUCCGACACAAGGGCUUCAAAGAGAGGAUAAUGUCCAAGAAGGAGAAGGCUGGCGUUCUCGCCGGGCCGGUUAAGUCAUUUACCAAAAAGAAGACAGAUGAAAAGAAGAAGAAGAAGCCGAGGACCACAUAUAUACAGUAUGACCCAAAAGAUGCCGAAACAUACACAUUGUGUGAUGCCAUGCGAUAUUUGAGAGCAUUCGAAGUUGGAAGGUCCCCGACUUCUUCCAAGUAUGAGGUGCACUUGAAGUUGAAAUCACUCAAGAACGGUCCCGUUGUACGAAAUCGAUUACGACUUCCACACCCAGUCAAAACCGAUCUUAGAAUUUGUGUCAUUUGCCCUCCGGACUCGAAAUAUGCGGAAUCGGCCAGAGAAGCAGGAGCAACGCUAGUUGGAGAAGACGAAGUAUUUGAAGCCGUAAAGGAUGGCCGAAUCGAGUUCGACCGAUGUAUUUGCCAAACGGAUUCCCUCGCGAAGAUGAAUAAAGCUGGACUGGGUAGAGUUUUGGGACCUCGAGGACUGAUGCCGAGCGCGAAGACUGGUACCGUCGUCAAAGACCCAAGUUUGGUUUUGAAGGAUUUGAUUGGAGGUGCCGAAUAUCGAGAACGCCUGGGUGUUGUAAGAAUGGCGGUCGGUCAACUCGGUUUCACGCCAGAGGAGAUGCAGCGGAAUCUCAAGGCAUUUAUCGAGGCUGCGAAGAAGGAUAUGGCACAGCUGAGUGACAAGAUCAAUAAAGAGCUGGUAGAAGUGGUCUUGAGCUCUACAAAUGGUCCUGGGUUCAUUCUUAAUGGCGAGUUCAGAGAUCUCAAUUCGAGCCUGACGUCUCGAGAUUUAUCGACCUCAUAA